ACUGUAUUAUAACUACUCGGUAAAUCUCUUCCCGUCCAACAGGGAGCGGUAAUGCGCCAGCCAGGCAGGCAGGCUUAAUCCACCAUAGAAGAAGUAGAUGUUUGGACUUGCGCGGUACGGAAUUACUCCAGCGUUUUUCGAACGUCGUGGACUUGAUAACUAGGAAGGAUCUGGUCCAAGUAACCGUCCAGUUUUUUGCUGGACACUUAGGUGUUAUUGUCAGCUAAUCUGACACUCUACAAAGAUGGAUUUCCAACAUCGAGCUGGAGGGAAGACGGGGAGCGGUGGAGUGGCGUCUUCAUCCGAGAGUAACCGUGACAGACGGGAACGGUUGCGUCAACUGGCCCUGGAGACUAUUGACAUCAACAAAGAUCCAUAUUUUAUGAAGAAUCACUUAGGAUCAUACGAGUGCAAGCUUUGUCUGACACUUCAUAACAAUGAGGGCAGUUACUUGGCCCACACCCAAGGAAAGAAACAUCAAACCAACUUAGCACGGAGAGCAGCCAAAGAAGCAAAAGAAGCUCCUGCUCAACCAGCACCAGCUAAGGUCAAAGUUGAAGUGAAAAAGUUUGUCAAAAUUGGUCGGCCAGGAUACAAAGUUACCAAACAGAGAGAUCCAGAGACCGGACAACAGUCUUUACUUUUCCAGAUCGAUUACCCGGAGGUUGCUGAAGGAAUUGGACCAAGGCACCGUUUUAUGUCUGCUUAUGAGCAGCGCAUUGAGCCACCUGACCGUCGCUGGCAGUAUCUGCUGCUUGCUGCAGAGCCAUAUGAAACUAUUGCCUUCAAGGUACCCAGUAGAGAAAUAGACAAGGCAGAAAACCGCUUCUGGACCCACUGGAAUAAAGACACAAAACAGUUUUUCCUGCAGUUUCAUUUUAAAAUGGAGAAACCUCUAGCCCCAUCUACUGGUCCACCACCUAAUGCAGGUGUGAAGCGACCUCCACCUCUCAUUGCUGGACCUCGCUCAAAUGACAAUAUUCCUCCUCCACCGGGAGGGAUGAGUGUUCCUCCUCUUCCUCCCGGUGCCCCACAGAUGCCCAUGCCCCCUAUGCCAAUGAGGCCACCGCCUCCUGAAGGUCUGUCAAUGUCCCGCUGAUCUGUUUUCAGUGUGUCAUGAUUGCUUUCUCUAACAGUUUAGACCCAAACUCGUCCGUUGUAUUUUUUAUAUUUUGCUUUCACAUUUGAUUUAUUGUCUCCUCUGGUCGUCAUUCAAAAUGCACAGGAAGAAUUUUGUACAUCUGGUUUAAAAAAUUGUCCGAGGCAAACUGUAAACUGCAAACAUGGACUCCACACUGUUGUUAUUCAUGUUGGUAUUCUGAUCUUUUAGGAGUCUUUUGUAAUUAAAUUCUGUGGAAAAAAC